AUGUCAAUACCGUCGUUGAUGACGCUGAAGCUGCAAACCUACACUUUCAUCGGGCAAUUGAUCAAUGUGGAGACUACAACAUCAUGGCUUUCGCAAGCUCGACUGGAAUGCGUAGAAGUGGAUUUGUGCAAAAGUUAA